AUGACAUAUAAGUUAAAAAAUAUAUUUUUAAUUUUUAUUAUAAUACAUAGUAAUAAUAGUAUAAACAGUAAUGAAUUGGUGUACCCUAGAAAUUUAACAUUUGCCUAUGAGGCUAAAUGGGAUUUGGAUAAAGGAGUUUCAUAUAAACUAGAGGGAUUUGGGAAAAACUCUGGUGUAGUAUAUUAUGCAAUAAAAAAUACACAAUCUUUUUUAAAACCAACAACAGCAGCAGGUAGUAGCAGUAUUAAUAACACCACACAAAACAGUGGUAAUAGUUCAACAACCUCAGGAAUAGUUUAUAGAUCAUAUGAUAUGAUAGAGGGUAACUUUAAAAUUAGGGAUGGAGACUAUACAAAUAACAAUGGUAUUGAUGGAUUUGUUUAUGGUAUCUACGAAUAUACAAUUGGUUUAGCAACAAUGUUGAUAUUGCCAUACAAUAAUGACGAAAUUAUAUUCAAUAAACCACCAAGCCCAAUUAAUUAUGAGUUGGUAGAGAAUAUGACCGACACAGAUGCUAUUAAUAAUAUAAAAUCACAAAUAAAUAAUAUUACCCUCACCAAUGACCCAUUUACAUACUUUUUAAUGGAUAAAAAUAUUUCAGCCUCAUCACUCGAUAGUAUAGAGAUUCCAUUCAAUCCAAAGAAUCAGGUUAUGCUUACUUUUAUUCAACAGUUUCAACAAAUUACAGAAAAAGAGAAUCAAGCCAUUAUCAAUACCUUUGAGGCAGGUCAAACUAAUGAGAAUUUAAAUGUUUUAAUUAAAGCUAAUGGAACUUUAUCUUCAAGCUUUAUGGAAUUCUCUUUCAAUGUAUAUGGUGGUGGUUUUAAUGUCCCAAGAUUUAGAUCAAAAUGGAUGAACUAUGUUGUUUUGGUUUCAUUAUCCUCAUUUAUUCAAAUCUUUGUUUUAAUACGUCAAAUAGAUUACACAUCGACUCAAACUGCUGCAGCAAGAGUAUCGAUCUAUUCUAUUGGUCUUCAAACUAUAUUGGAUGCCUAUCUUUGUUUAAUUCAUUUAUCUGCUGGUGUAAUUAUAGACUCGUUAUUCAAUGCAUUUGCCACUGCCUCGUUCUUCCAAUUCAUCACCUUUGCAUUGUUCGAAAUGAGAUAUUUAUUAAUAAUUCUUAAAGCAAGAUCUCCUUCUGCUUUUUCUGAUGGAUGGGAAUCAUUAAGAAGAGAAAUUUCAAUAUUUUAUUUAAGAUUCUAUACUUGUUUAUUUGGUGGAUUUAUUUUAUUAUAUUACUUUAGUGGAUUAUUUAGCUUAUUUUUAUUUAUUAUGUAUUCAUAUUGGGUCCCACAAAUUUAUGCAAACGCUAAAAAUGGAAUUAGAAAACCUUUCAUUUGGAGAUAUGUACUUGGUAUUUCAAUUACAAGAUUAGCCAUACCAUUAUAUUUCUAUGGUUGCCCAACAAAUUAUAUUACCCAACCAAAUUAUUAUUAUUCAAGUAUUUUGGUUUUAUGGACAGCUUUGCAAGUUAGUAUUUUAUACGCACAAUAUAAGUUUGGUCCACAAUUCUUUAUUCCAGCUAGAUUUUUACCACAAAGAUAUAAUUACUACAGACCAAUUAACAAUACAAUUAGAAGCAGAGAGGAAGGUCAAGGAUGUGUCAUUUGUAUGUCUGAUGUUGAGGAAGGUCAAAAAUACAUGUUAACCCAAUGCAACCAUUUAUUCCAUGAAAAAUGUUUAGUAUCUUGGAUGGAAUAUAAACUCCAGUGUCCAACCUGUCGUUGUGCAUUAGAACCAAUUGAUAUUGUAAUCGAGUAA